ACCUGACUGUUGUUUUGAGACAGACUUGUACCAGGUCAGAACCAUAUCUUUGAUGGAUCUCAAGUUGGGAUUCUUAGUGUAGCACAUUGCCAUGAAUGUUUCAAUAAGUGAAACCUGACACAGGGAUUUAAGUAUGUGGUUUACAAGGAAGUGAAAAUUUUUGGCAUUUUGAGAGGAGAUGCAGCAGAAAAACCUGUAAGACGAGACUCAGGGCAACAAAAGCUCUAAUCUGAAAGCUGCCCGUAGAUGCUGCCUGACAAAAAAUCCCGAAACUUUGCUCCGAAAGCAAAUAUCAAGUUGACAUCAGAGUUGCUUGGCAUUUAAACCAUCGAGAAAAUAUUUCGAUACUUCACGAAUAGUAUUUGAGUCUCAUUGUUUCGAUUUAUCGAUUUGCUCUCGUGACUUCGGUGUGUUUACGUGUGCACGUAACGUUAACUGCUGCCGUCUGCUCAACGACUCGGUCACUUCUGCCAUAUUGGCAUCAAGUCAUAUUCUUGGCACAAUCAAGUGGAGUAAGCAGCUGAGAUGAUCCACAGUCUGUUCCUGGUUAAUCACUCGGGAGACAUCUUCCUGGAGAAACACUGGAAAAGUGUCAUCAGCCGGAGUGUGUGUGAUUACUUUUUCGAGGCGAGGGAGAAGGCCGUGGAGCCGGAGAAUGUGCCCCCAGUCCUGCAGACCCCACACCACUACCUCAUCAGCAUAUACAGGGACAAGCUGUUCUUCCUCUCUGUCAUCCAGACCGAAGUCCCUCCACUGUUUGUCAUUGAGUUCCUGCACAGAGUGGCAGACACUUUUCAGGACUACUUUGGAGAAUGCUCAGAAGGCGUAAUCAAAGACAACGUGGUGAUCGUGUAUGAGCUGUUGGAAGAGAUGCUGGACAACGGCUUUCCGUUGGCAACCGAGUCCAACGUCCUCAAAGAGAUGAUCAGGCCUCCCACCAUCCUGCGAUCAGUCGUCAAUACACUCACAGGAAGUAGUAAUGUCGGAGACACGCUGCCAACUGGUCAAUUGUCCAAUAUCCCCUGGAGGCGGGCUGGUGUUAAAUACACCAAUAAUGAGGCAUAUUUUGAUGUAAUAGAGGAAAUUGAUGCCAUUCUGGACAAAUCAGGUACGACUGUAUUUGCAGAGAUCCAGGGUGUAAUUGAAGCCUGCGUGAGGCUCACUGGGAUGCCUGACCUCACUCUGUCCUUUAUGAAUCCUCGUCUUCUCGAUGAUGUGAGUUUUCACCCGUGUGUGCGGUUUAAGCGCUGGGAGUCAGAGCGAGUCCUCUCUUUCAUCCCGCCAGACGGAAACUUCACGCUCAUGAGCUAUCACGUCAGCUCUCAAAAUGUCGUGGCCAUGCCGGUUUACGUGAAGCAGAACAUCAGUUUCUUUGAGACGGGAUCUUGCGGUCGCCUGGACAUCACUAUUGGACCCAAGCAGACCAUGGGGAAGACGGUGGAGGGCUUGAUGGUCACCAUCCACAUGCCUAAAGCUGUGCUCAGCGCCAACCUCACAGCCACACAGGGAAACUACACCUACGACCUUGCUACCAAGGUUUUGGUUUGGGAUAUCGGGAAACUGAACCCUCAGAAGCUUCCUAACCUGCGAGGUAGUCUGAGUAUGCAGUCAGGAGCCCCCAAACCUGAAGAUAACCCCUCACUCAACAUUGACCUGAAGAUACAGCAGCUGGCCAUAUCAGGUCUUAAAGUGAGUCGUCUUGACAUGUACGGAGAGAAGUACAAACCAUUUAAAGGGGUCAAAUAUUUGACUAAAGCAGGGAAAUUCCAAGUGCGGACCUGAAGUGUGUCCAUCAGAGGCCAAAGGUCAACAAUCCAAUGUGCCAAAUACGGGGCACAGUCAGCUCUCCAAGAAGUCUUACAUAUCCUGCAGCUCGUUGUUAUUAAUGAACCAUUUUGCAUUCUAACAGUUAUUUAUUAUGUGUUUGGCAUUACAUAUAAAUGAGUGGAUGUUAUUUGUGGCCUGUAAAGGGAAGCCUUAACAAUUAAUGUGAUCUUAUUAGUUUCCAGUUUAAAUGUGUUGCAUUCCUCUUUCUUUUUGGACUAUUUCAUAACAUUUUUUUUCUUUUUUGUUUUUGUCUAACACCUUCUGAGUGUUGCCUAAGGGGAAUAUUUGGGUUUGAAAAGGGACACUCGCAGCUCACAGCCUACACACUCACAAGCUCCCCAUUACAACACCUUGCUCCUCACUAAACCACCACACCUGGGAAAACUUACUUGCAUGUUGCCUGUGAGUAAGCAGCCAAGCCUUUAAAAAAAACAAACAAACUUUUUGCAUAUUAUGAUAUAAGGUAGCCAGUUUUUUACUUAUAUAUUUGUUUAUUUUUGAAAAAUCUAACGUAUCUUGAAUAGCUGCAGUGUGUCUUGAGACACUGCGCAGGUAUUUUUGCACACAUUCACUCUAUAAUGUGGCCUUGUAAAGUUAAAGUGCUUUGUAAAGCACACUACAGCACAAUCUGUGUCUUUUGGUGGAUGAAAAUAUGUUAUAUCUAUGGUACCUAGUUUGCCCCAAGUGAUAUCUGCACACCAAGCUGACUGUUCCUGCUGAAGGAUCAGGACUUGUCAUCAGUGUACAAUUGGCUGUGGGGCCAAAUACAAGCACUCACUUAGAAAUCUGCAAGAUCCUCACAUAAUCUUGAAUGCAACUUCUUUACUCAGCACAGCAAUUGCACAAUCAAUUAUCCACGUGGAAGAUACUACUUAAAGCUCUUGUAUGAAGUUGAAUCUGUAUUUCUGUGUAUGAGAUGUCUUAUAAAAGCUUUAAAAUGA